CCAAUCUUCUCAAUACGCCGCCGAAACCAACAUCAAGUCACAAUGGCUGCCACCCUCGAGGCCGAGACCCCUCACAACCAAUUCGACACCAUUCUGGUUCUCGAUUUUGGCUCUCAAACGAGUCAUCUUAUCCUGCGACGUCUUCGAGCUCUCGGCGUCUUCGCGGAGCUGCUUCCUUGCACCACCAAGAUCGCUGAUCUGACAUGGAAGCCCAAAGGAAUCGUCUUCUCCGGAGGCCCUUCUUCUGUCUACGACGAGGGCUCGCCCCAUGUUGAUCCCGCGGUUUUUGAGCUUGGUGUACCCAUUCUCGGUAUUUGCUAUGGUUGCCAGGAGAUUGCAUGGCGAAUCGACUCCAAGAAUGUUGCCCGCGGAGAGGCACGAGAGUAUGGCCACGCCGACGUCAACGUCACCAAGGUCAAUGAUCACGCCGACCGGCUCUUCGCUGGCUUGGGAGAUAAGAUUCCCGUCUUCAUGUCCCACUAUGACAAGCUAGUUUCCCUGCCUACGGGCUUUUCGGUCAUUGGUUCCACCACAAACUCGGAGUUCGCCGCCAUCGCCCAUGAAGAGAAGCCCAUCUUUGGCGUUCAGUUCCACCCUGAGCUAGAACACACACCCCGCGGAACCGACAUUCUCCGCAACUUCAGCGUUGAUAUCUGCGGAGCCCAAGCAAAUUGGGAAAUGGGCGACUUUGUCAAGCUCGAGAUUGCUCGUAUCCGGGAGCUUGUGGGUGACCGAGCACUCGUCCUCGGCGCAUGUAGCGGUGGUGUGGACAGCACUGUGGGAGCGGCCCUGAUGCGUGAAGCCAUCGGUGACCGCUUCAAGGCCAUCCUCAUCGACAAUGGAUGCAUGCGUCUCAACGAGUGCGAGCAGGUCAAGGAGACUCUCGGACACCACCUUGGCAUUGACCUCACAGUUGUCGAUGCGGGCGAGCUGUUUUUGAGCCGUCUUGCAGGUGUUACUGAUCCCGAAAAGAAGCGAAAGAUUAUUGGGUCGACUUUUAUCGAUUUGUUCGAGAAAGAGGCUAUCAGAAUCGAGCAAGAGGCAGAGAACACACCCAACAGCGGGAAGGUGGAAUGGUUUUUGCAGGGAACACUGUACCCUGACGUUAUCGAGUCUUUGAGUUUUAGAGGUCCCUCAGCGACAAUAAAAACCCACCAUAAUGUCGGGGGCCUGCCUGAGCGGAUGAUGAACGGCCAAGGUUUGCGUCUUAUUGAACCGCUCCGCCUUUUGUUCAAGGAUGAAGUGAGGGAAAUUGGUCGCCAGCUCGGCAUCCACGAGUCGCUCGUGAACAGACACCCCUUCCCCGGUCCUGGCAUUGCCAUUCGCAUCUUGGGUGAUGUGACCAAGGAGAGAGUGGAAAUUGCUCGCAAGGCAGACCAUAUCUUUAUUACCAUGAUUAAGGAGGCUGGCCUUUAUGAUCAGAUCUCUCAAGCCUUUGCUGGUCUCGAUACCAGCCGUAGUGUUGGUGUUUUUGGAGAUCAGCGAGUUUGGGGUUACAUCAUCAUUCUCCGCGCUGUUCGUACCAAGGAUUUCAUGAGCGCCGAGGUGUUCAACUUCGACAACGAGUUCCUCGGGAAAGUUUCUCGCGCCAUUUGCAAUCAGGUAGAUGGCGUGUCCCGAGUUGUCUAUGAUUUGACCUCUAAGCCUCCCGGCACUAUCGAGCUGGAGUAA